UCUCUCUCCCCAAAGAGUAAAGUCUUUACAGUUCAUGUCACUGUCUUUUUUUCUUCCUCUCUCUCCUCUUUUUGUUGUGUGCCGUUAGUGACAAGCACGCCUGGCAACAAAUCAUUCCCUCCAACCCCCGAUUUUCUCUCUCCCUCUCUCGAACGUAUAUUACCCAUAGAAAUAGAAUAGAUAUACUCUCUCUCUCUCUCCAAAGAAAAACAACACUUCCCAUUGUUCCUCCCCCUCCCCUGCCAGCUUAAUUGUGUGGUUGGAUUGGAUCUGUAGCAGUGGAUUUGGUUAUUUUCAGCCAUCUCUUUAGUUGAAGUACUGAAAGCAGAAAGGAACCACUAUGGCUGUUUCAAUGAGAGAUUUGGAUCCAACUUUUCAAGGAGCAGGCCAGAAGGCCGGAAUAGAGAUCUGGCGUAUUGAAAAGCUAAGUCCAGUACCUGUUCCAAAGUCAUCGCAUGGGAAAUUUUACACAGGAGACUCAUAUAUUAUUUUGAAGACCAGCACUUCAAAAAGUGGUGCCUUACGGCAUGAUAUUCAUUAUUGGCUUGGUGAAGAUACUAGUCAGGAUGAAGCUGGUGUUGCUGCCAUAAAAACUGUUGAGCUAGAUGCAGCACUUGGUGGGCGUGCUGUUCAAUAUCGUGAAGUGCAGGGCCAUGAAACUGAGAAGUUCCUUUCCUAUUUCAAACCAUGUAUAAUCCCUCUAAAAGGUGGAAUUGCAUCUGGAUUUAAGCAUGUAGAGGAAGAAGAGUAUAAGACCUGUUUGUACGUAUGCCAAGGGAAGCAUGUUGUCCAUGUGAAGGAGGUUCCAUUUGCUCGAUCCUCACUUAAUCAUGAUGACAUCUUCAUUCUUGAUACCAAGUGUAAAAUCUUCCAAUUCAAUGGUUCCAAUUCCUCUAUUCAAGAAAGAGCUAAAGCACUUGAAGUUGUUCAGUACAUUAAAGAUACGUACCACGAUGGCAAAUGUGAGGUCGCUGCAAUUGAGGAUGGUAAAUUGAUGGCUGAUGCCGAGACUGGAGAAUUCUGGGGUUUUUUUGGUGGCUUUGCUCCUCUUCCAAGGAAGACUACACGGGCCGAGGCUAAAAGCAUUGAUAUUCUUCCUACUAGAUUGUAUAGAGUUCAGAAAGGGCAAGCAGAACCUGUUAAGAUCGAGUCUUUGACAAGGGAGUUGUUAGAUACGAAUGGUUGCUAUAUAGUUGAUUGUGGGAUAGAGGUUUUUGUGUGGAUGGGAAGAAAUACUUCUCUUGAUGAGAGGAAAACUGCAAGUGGGGCUGCAGAUGAAUUCCUCAUUGGCCUUGAUAGACCACAGUGCCAUGUAAUUCGUGUAAUUGAAGGGUUCGAGACUGUCAUGUUCCGCUCAAAGUUUGACUCUUGGCCUCAAUCAACUAAUGUGGCGGUGACAGAGGAUGGUAGAGGCAAGGUUGCUGCGCUUCUAAAGCGUCAAGGGCUUAAUGUGAGGGGCCUAAUGAAAGCAGCUCCUCCAAAGGAAGAACCUCAAUCAUAUAUAGACUGCACAGGCAAUUUACAGGUGUGGCGUGUGAAUGGACAGCAGAAGACUCUUCUUCAAGCAUCUGAUCAAUCUAAAUUCUAUAGUGGAGACUGUUACAUAUUCCAAUAUUCUUAUCCUGGAGAAGAUAAAGAGGAACAUCUCAUUGGCACCUGGUUUGGGAGGCAAAGUGUUCAGGAAGACAGGGUUUCAGCAAUUUCUCAAGCAGGCAAGAUAAUUGAGUUACUGAAGUUCUCAGCUACUCAGGCUCGCAUAUAUGAAGGAUAUGAACCUCUCCAGUUCUUUGUCAUCUUUCAGAGCUUUAUUGUAUUUAAGGGUGGUCUUAGCGAAGGAUACAAGAAACACCUUGUAGAGAAGGAACUUGCAGAAGAUACAUAUAAAGAGGAUGGAAUCGCAUUAUUCCGGGUUCAGGGUACUGGACCUGAUAAUAUGCAAUCAAUUCAAGUAGAAACUGUGGCUUCGUCUUUGAAUUCCUCAUAUUGCUACAUAUUACACAGUGGCUCCUCUGUCUUCACAUGGACCGGAAAUCUUACCACCUCCGAGGAUCAGGAACUUGUUGAGAGGCAACUGGAUCUUAUCAAGCCCGAUAUGCAGUCGAAAUUGCAAAAAGAAGGGGCAGAAUCUGAGCAAUUCUGGGAAAUAUUGGGUGGAAAAUCUGAAUAUCCUAGUGAAAAGAUUGGACGGGAUGCUGAAAGCGAUCCUCAUUUGCUCUCGUGCACCUUCUCAAAAGGGGAUCUAAAGGUGAUAGAGAUCUACAACUUCAACCAAGAUGAUUUGAUGACAGAAGAUAUAUUUAUUCUUGAUUGUCAUUCAGAUAUUUAUAUUUGGGUUGGCCAGCAGGUGGAGUACAAGAAUAAAAUGCAGGCUUUAGCCAUUGGUGAGAAAUUCCUGGAAUAUGAUUUUCUUAUGGAGAAACUAUCUCACCAAGCUCCAAUAUACAUUGUUAUGGAAGGGAGUGAACCACCUUUCUUCACUCGUCAUUUCAGUUGGGACUCCACCAAGUCUGCUAUGCAUGGAAACUCAUUCCAAAGAAAGCUCACACUAGUGAAGAACGGGGGCCCUCCACCAAUGGAUAAACCUAAAAGGAGAACACCUGUGUCAUAUGGUGGAAGGUCUGCUGCUCCUGAGAAGUCACAGCGAUCGAGGAGCGUGUCUUUCAGCCCUGAUCGAGUUCGUGUUAGGGGCAGGUCUCCAGCUUUUAACGCACUAGCAGCUACUUUUGAGAACCCAAAUGCAAGAAAUCUAUCUACUCCUCCGCCAAUGGUGAGAAAGCUUUAUCCAAAAUCUGUGACUCCAGAUUCAGCAAAAUUGGCACCCAGAUCAGCAGCCAUUGCAGCAUUAACAGCAAGUUUCGAUAAAGCUUUACCCGCCAAGGAAGUCAUAAUACCUCGCUCUAUCAAAGGGAGCCCUGAGGCACCAAAUUUGAACACUGAGGCUCCGAAAUCAAGUCAGCAGGGCAACUCUAAGGAGAACUCGGUUAACGACGUGACCGAGGAGGCUCCUAAACCCAAACCAGAAACAAUACAGGAAGAUGUGAAAGAGGGUGAAACUGAAGAUGAGGAAGGACUUCCGAUCUAUCCUUAUGACCGGCUGAAAACAACAGCAGUAGAUCCUGUCACUGAAAUUGAUGUAACUAAGCGAGAGACUUACUUGUCUUCGGAAGAGUUCAGAGAGAAAUUCGGGAUGUCUAAGGAGGCUUUCUACAAGUUACCUAAGUGGAAACAGAAUAAGCUUAAAAUGGCACUCCAGUUGUUCUGACUGCAUUCUGGCCUGCUCUCUCCCAGGUUGCUGCAGCAUAUAAUGCGGAUGAAGAAACAUACUAAGAGAAUUUUACAACCCUUAUCUAUCAAUUUUUGCCCACUCCAAUUGCUUCCCGUGUUUCUAUAAUUGACUCACACCUAUACAGCAGCAAUGGUUCAGUUUCAACAGUGUUGAGGGACAGCGCCAGUGUAUUUUUAGCUGCUACUGUUCCUAAGUUUCGGAAGUGGACAGCACUGAAGAUCCCUUCUUUACUUGCAGUGUUAUUUUUUGGGGGUUUCUUCAUGCUAAUUUAUUAUAAGUUAGUUGCUUGGCAUUCUUUUAUUUUGUUGUGAGUUUGCAUUUUUUACGCAUCUUUUCUUUUUCAUUUUUUGUUUUGUUUUUUUUUGGGUUUUAGUAAUCAUUGAUUUUAUAGAAAACUUAUGGUGUGCAAAUGAAAUUCAUUAGGCUGUGAUGCGAGGUUGUGUACAGUGUGUAACCACUCCACUUGUUAUUUGUUUAGUGAAUGGAAGUCUGAUUGGUUUUCCCCA